UGAGAAAUCUAUCGAGAAAUAGAUUUUAAACCAUAUUGAACAAGCUUUCUACUGAAAUGUUGUUGCUUCUUUGGUUUAUCUUGAUUAUUCUGACAUUAGGCCAAGCAAGCUAUGAUCACUACCGUCUCCCUAAAGCUUUGCAGCCGCAGCAUUACAAUUUGCGUGUUUUAACACACUUGGAAAAUGUAGCACGGCCAUGUUUUUCCGGUGAAGUGGAAAUCGAGCUGCGUGUAUUGCAGCCCACAAAAAAUAUAACUUUGCAUGCUGCUUCGCGCCUUCAACUGAACUCAAAUCGCACAAACUUGUAUUACUUGCAUGAGGAUGGCACUAAGUCGAAGAUAGCUGUAAAAACUGUGGAACGCAACUCGAAAUAUGAUUAUUAUAUACUGAUGCUGUGCAAAGUACUGGAACGGGGACACAUUUAUUUGCUGCACAUGCAGUUCUUUGCCCAUUUCGAGGCUGGUAUGUCUGGUUAUUAUGCCAGCUCAUACAAGGAUCAGAACAGCAAUAAAACAAGAUAUUUAUCGGUGACACAGUUUGAACCCGCUUAUGCACGUGCCGCAUUUCCCUGCUUCGAUGAGCCGGCAUUCAAGGCUACAUUUAAUAUUACGCUAGGACAUCCCAGGAAAUACGUUGCUCUGAGUAAUAUGCCCAUCACGAAGAAGUUUCCCAUGUCUGGGCGCAGGAACUGGUUGUGGACAAUAUUUGAGCAAACGUUGCCCAUGCCCUCGUAUUUGGUUUGCUAUAGCGUAAACGAUUUUGCGAGUAUCACAUCGCGAAAUGGCUUAAGUGUUGCGAAGUUUACCACCUGGGCACGAGCUUCGGCCAUUGGGCAGUGCAAAUAUGCUGCGGAGAUUGCUCCACGGCUAUUGGCCUAUUACGAACGAAUGUUCGACAUAGACUAUCCUCUGCCCAAAGUAGACCAACUUGCAGUGCCGGACUUUAGUGCUGGAGCAAUGGAAAAUUGGGGCCUCAUCACCUACCGCGAGGCGGCGUUGUUUUAUGCUCCAGAAGCCUCCUCUGAGGUGGACAAGCAGCGUGUGGCGAAUAUCAUUGCCCAUGAGCUAGCCCAUCAAUGGUUCGGGAAUCUGGUCACAAUGAAGUGGUGGAAUGAUCUAUGGCUCAAUGAGGGCUUCGCUACCUAUGUAGCCACUUUGGGCAUGCAAAAGCUGUGCAGCAAGUGGCACGCUUAUGCAGAGGAGUCGCUGGAUAACAUUUUGGUAGUACUUAACUCCGAUGCGUACUACAGCACACGUGCCAUUUCCCAGUCGGUGAGCCGUGCUAGUCAGUUUGCGGAGCAGUUUGAUCCCAUUACCUAUCGCAAGGGUGCGGUCAUCAUUCGUAUGAUGCACAUGUUUAUCGGCGACACAACCUUCCGGCAUGGACUGAAUUGCUAUCUGAAGCGGCACGCUUACAGCAACGCAGAUCAAAAUGAUCUUUGGCGUUCACUUUCGGAUGCUGCACAUGAAUUUGGUAGUUUGCCCGAGAAUCUGGAGGUACGAACGAUCAUGGACACUUGGACGCUGCAAGCUGGCUACCCACUGAUCACAGUACAACGCGACUAUGUGAGGAACAUAAUCUCUAUCAAUCAGAGAAGGUUUCUCAUGCAAGGCAUGGACAGAAACAAUUUAAUUUCCAAGGAAUGUUGGUUUGUCCCAAUAAGCUAUACUUUUGGGAGCAUGGCCAAUUUUACAGCCACGGAACCACAAGUUUGGUUGCAAUGCGAUAGCCAAGGUAAAAAUAUGCCUCUCGAGAUUAGAUCGCCGCUCUGUGCUGAAGAGAAUCAAUGGCUUAUCCUUAACCUUCAACUAACUGCACCUUUCCGGGUCAACUAUGACACCAGCAACUGGAAACUCAUAAUUAAAACAUUGCAGGGUGCAGAUUUCCGGCGUAUUCAUACCAUGAACCGUGCCCAGCUCAUUAUUGAUGCUUUGGCUUUGUCUUGGAACGGUCAUUUAUGUUACAAAGUUUCCUUAGAUCUGAUAAAGUAUAUCAAGCAGGAGCAUGCUUAUAUGCCUUGGCACGCGGCCUUGGAUCACUUGUCGGCCAUCUACCGGAUAAUUAAACAAACCUCAGACUUUGCGCUGUUUCAGCAGCCUUAGCCACAGCGAUUUAUGAAUGAUUUGCUGAGACCGAUUUACGUUUAUCUUGGUGGAAUGGAAACAGAGUCAAAUGCUCGUCAUAUUGCCCACAAGACAUUGAUC